UGAAUCGCAGAAUCGUGCUUUCGUCGAAUGUUAGAAGAUAUCUUGUUGGGUGAGCUCUAUCCGAGAAGAGGGUCGAUGAAACUCUACUCAUCUUUCACGUACUCCUCAACUCAUCGAUAUCAGACUCAAUUCCACGUGGCAUUGCAGGAGUGGUCCACGUGUCAGAACAGAUUUUCCCCUUAAGAUCCUUAGAAUUACAAAAUAGCGAUGAAAAAUGAGGAGAAAAUGAUCGGAAACAGAACAGCUUAGAAAACCCUCGAUAAGGGAAACUCGAAGACUCGCGAAGAAGAAGAAGAAGAAGAAGAAGAAGAAGAAGAUGCCAUUGGGAAAGUACUAUUGCGACUACUGCGAGAAGCAAUUCCAAGACACCCCUUUCGCCAGAAAACGCCAUCUUCACAGCCUCUCCCACCAGAAAGCUAAAGCUCUCUGGUUCGACUCCUUCAGAGACCCCAAUCAAGCUUUCUCUGAUGGCUUUGGAAGAGGCGUCUGCAACCGAUUCGUCAGAACAGGGUUUUGCCAGUACGGUGAUUCUUGUAAAUAUUUUCAUCCCAAGAACAAUCCGCAGAACUCGAGUACGCAACCCAUUGCAGGUUUCCCGGAAUAUAGUAAUCAAGCCUCAAAUAUUCCUGUGAAUCAAUUCGUCGAAGGCAGCUCUCUGACAGGCAAUUUAGUUAGCAACAGAAUGGGAACAUCAUGGGGCAAUUUACCUCCAUCAUUGAUGCCUCCUCCAGAGGGUGGUUACCCACCUCUUCCCAUUGUAGACUGGGGCUAAUUGAUGAAUAUCAGUUACCGGUACAAGUCUCCUCGGCUUCUCGUGUUUCCACCCCAUGUCUUAUGCAGCGGUUUGCACAAAUGUAGUGUCGCUUAGAAGCCAGACAAAUGAACUUUUUUUGUUCUUCUCUCGGGUACGAAAUGCAACCCCAAAGUGUCAUAAACAUCGACUUCUGUUAAGGUUCAAGUAGUAUUCAAGUCAUGAUGCGUCAUGUUUAUGGUUCUCUAAACUUGUUGAAACCAUAAUCGGGAGAAAUUUAGAUAAAGAGUUGAUAAAGCAUAGUAAACAGAAGCGUGAUUCUUA